AUGCCACGUUGCACGGAUCAGCUAGAGCAGAAUCCCGGCUUCCCUCCGGAUGGGCCUGGGGUUCAUACCCGUGCUCGCUGCCAAGGUGUCUCUGGCCCCUACGGACACGAGUUUGCGACCUCUGAGUCACUGGGUGGGCAGGUCGGAAAGACCAGGGCGCCUCAGUUGGGAGCUCGCAGUCGUAUGGAGAGGGCAGGACCAGCCGGGGAGGAGGGCGGCGCGCGCGAGGGUCGCCUUCUUCCCAGGGCACCGGGGGCGUGGUUGCUGCGGGCGUGCGCCGAGAGGGCAGCGUUGGAAGCGGGCGCAGCUUCGGCAGACACGGGCGUGAGGGGCUGCGGAGCUCGAGGCCCGGCGCCCCUGCUUGCCUCUGCGGGAGGUGGGCGCGCCCGAGACGGAACCUGGGGCGUCAGAACGAAAGGCAGCGGCGCCGCGCUUCCCAGCCGGACAGCCUCCCGCGCAGCGCCCCGGCCGGAAGCCUCCUAGCCGCCGCUUCCCCUCGAGAAGGCGCGGGGCGGGCUGUCCGGCCCGUAGGGCUGUCGAGCCCGCGGCGCCAUGGCUCACGUCGGCUCCCGCAAGCGCUCGAGGAGUCGCAGCCGGUCCCGGGGACGGGGGUCGGAAAAGAGAAAGAAGAAGAGCAGGAGGGACGCCUCGAGGAACUGCUCGGCCUCCACAUCCCAAGGUCGCAAGGCCAGCACGGCCCCUAGGGCGGAGGAGAGAAGCAAGCAGAAGGCCCGGAGGAGACCACGAUCCAGCUCCUCCUCCUCCUCUUCCAGUUCUUCUAGCUCCUCUUCUUCCUCCUCGUCCUCCUCCUCUUCCUCCAGUGAUGGCCGGAAGAAGCGGGGGAAGUACAAGGACAAGAAGAGGAAGAAGAAGAAGAAGAGGAAGAAGCUGAAGAAGAAGGGCAAGGAGAAGGCGGAAGCACAGCAGAUGGAGGCUCUGCCGGGCCCCUCGCUGGACCAGUGGCACCGAUCAGCUGGGGAGGAAGAGGAUGGCCCAGUCCUGACGGAUGAGCAGAAGUCCCGAAUCCAGGCCAUGAAGCCCAUGACCAAGGAGGAGUGGGAUGCCCGGCAGAGCAUCAUCCGCAAGGUGGUGGACCCCGAGACGGGGCGCACCAGGCUUAUUAAGGGAGAUGGCGAGGUCCUAGAGGAAAUCGUAACCAAAGAACGACACAGAGAGAUCAACAAGCAAGCCACCCGAGGGGAUGGCCUGGCCUUCCAGAUGCGAGCUGGGUUGCUUCCCUGAGGGCCCCAGCUGGCCAAGGCCUGUGGACGGCGCUGGCGGCCCAGCCUGGGCAGGCUUCAGGGUGCCAGUGGGAAGCCUGAUGGGUGCUGGUGGCCUUUCCCGGGUGGAUUGGCCUCUGGCCCAGCCCAGCCUCUUCUCAGGGGCAGAGGGGGUGGAGGAUGGGGUCACCAGCCUGCUUGGCACCCCCAUCUGAAAGAGCAGCACUUCUUAGCUAUUAAAGGCCCCCUGGAUAGAC